AAUACAUAAGCACUUUCGCUGGUGUUUGAAUCCUGACUCCUCAGAGAGUGUACAAAUAGGUAAAGGCGGAGUUUAGGUUUUCUGGCUAUUUUGAAAGUGACCGCGGAGACGAAGAAAUGAGAGAGAUUAUUAGUAUACACAUUGGACAAGCUGGAAUUCAGGUCGGCAAUUCAUGUUGGGAGCUUUAUUGCCUCGAACAUGGCAUUCAGCCUGAUGGGAUGAUGCCCGGUGAUCCCUCAGUGGGCUCUUGCCAUGAUGCCUUCAACACAUUCUUCAGUGAAACUGGUGCUGGCAAGCACGUGCCAAGGGCUGUGUUUGUUGAUCUUGAACCAACAGUCAUUGAUGAAGUUAGAACUGGUACUUACCGCCAACUUUUCCACCCAGAGCAGCUUAUUUCUGGCAAGGAAGAUGCAGCUAACAACUUUGCGAGGGGGCACUAUACUGUUGGGAAGGAAAUUGUUGAUCUUUGCCUUGAUAGAGUGAGGAAGUUGGCUGAUAACUGUACUGGGCUCCAAGGAUUUUUGGUGUUUAAUGCUGUUGGUGGUGGCACUGGUUCUGGUCUGGGGUCUUUGCUGUUAGAACGCUUGUCUGUAGAUUAUGGGAAGAAGUCAAAGCUUGGCUUCACUAUCUACCCUUCUCCUCAGGUGUCAACAGCAGUUGUCGAGCCUUAUAACAGUGUUCUGUCUACUCAUUCCCUUCUUGAGCACACAGAUGUUGCUGUGCUUUUGGAUAAUGAAGCUAUUUACGACAUAUGCCGCAGAUCUCUAGAUAUUGAGAGGCCAACAUACACUAAUUUGAAUCGAUUGAUUUCUCAAAUCAUAUCAUCUUUGACAACUUCAUUGAGGUUUGAUGGAGCAAUCAAUGUUGAUAUUACAGAGUUCCAGACCAACCUUGUACCAUAUCCCCGUAUCCAUUUCAUGCUCUCAUCAUAUGCCCCUGUCAUCUCAGCUGAAAAAGCGUACCAUGAACAGCUAUCAGUUCCAGAGAUCACAAAUGCAGUGUUUGAGCCCUCAAGUAUGAUGGCCAAGUGUGAUCCCAGGCAUGGGAAAUACAUGGCUUGCUGCUUGAUGUAUCGGGGAGAUGUUGUUCCCAAAGAUGUAAAUGCUGCUGUAGCCACCAUCAAAACCAAACGAACUGUACAGUUUGUUGACUGGUGUCCAACAGGAUUCAAAUGUGGUAUUAACUAUGAGCCUCCAACCGUUGUACCUGGGGGUGACCUGGCCAAGGUGCAGCGAGCUGUGUGCAUGAUUAGCAACAACACAGCGGUGGCUGAAGUGUUCUCUCGCAUUGAUCACAAAUUUGAUCUCAUGUAUGCCAAGAGGGCAUUUGUGCACUGGUAUGUCGGUGAAGGCAUGGAAGAAGGUGAAUUCUCAGAAGCACGUGAAGAUUUGGCUGCACUUGAGAAAGAUUAUGAAGAAGUAGGUGCAGAAGGUGUUGAUGAUGAGGAGGAAGGUGAAGACUAUUGAUGCACCUUCAACUAGUAAAAGAUACUUUUGAAUGGCAUUUAUGUGGAAGUUGGUCUGUCCACAACCAAUAGCCCGUAGCUUUAUAUUGUUGUGUUGUUUCUCUUGUUUAGCACUGUUAAUUUUCGUUGUUAAAAAUGCCAAAAUUGUGUCUAUGCUGUGAUUCAAUGUGCUUUUCAAGGUACGAAUGAAGUAAUGUUUUGACAUUA